CUCUGCAUGCGUGAUUGAAAAUUAGUACUGUAAGAAUGUUCCGUUCAACGAAAAUAGUUGGACAAAACGUGCUCCGAUUUUGUAAACAUUUACCCCAAAAUAAACAUUUCAGUCGUGUUUCAAGUGGAUUGAAACAUGUCAAAACACUUCUUGUACCCAGCGGUUUGCUUCUUUGUGCUCAACCCCUCACACCGACUGAUGACUUCAAGGGGAAUGUUUUUUCUAAACCAUGUUUGACCCACAAAAGUCUCAUCCAGAACGCUACUGCCUUGACUGUUGAUGCUGUGUCUUCACUUCUCAACCAAACUGUGAUAGCUCUUAUUGAUACUGAGAAGGAAUAUCAACAGGCAUUGACGUCCCUGAUUGCCCUCACCGAGUACAGCCUGACCGUCCUUGAUAAUGAACGACUGCAGGAUCAGGUGUGGGAGAGAAUGAUCGAAGUUAGGGGCGUAGUCAAUGAAAAGAAAAAGGAAAAGGGUGACUUGAAUAUGAUAUUCGACUACACUGAGAAAUUGAUGAUCACAGCCGCAGAAACAGCAUUUAUUAGUGGUUCGGAGUAUACAUGUACAACUGCCAGCGAAAGACUCCUAUCGGCCAAGUCACAGCUGGAGAAAAUACGGAAAGCUACUGAUGAAGUGGAGGCCAAGCUUAAGGAGGUCGAGGUGAAGAGCAUCCAUGUUAUUUCCCAGCAUAGCGAGGAGGACCAGGGCGAACCCAAGGAGAAGAAAGCAAAGACUGUGACACUUGAGUCAUGAACAAAAACUGUUCCGAGUGUGAUUUUGGUGAAUUCUAUUUUUCAAAAGACAGUGAUUGUCUAUAGAAAGGUCUUGUUUGCACUAUGCAAGAAUAGAAAAAUUAUUCUUCCGCCCUCUUACAUAACAACUGGGUCACACCAACAAAUUUUUACCUUUUUGACAAAUAAACUAAGUUUUUACAUGAAACGAAAAA